AUCUACCUGCCCAAGAGUCGGUUGUGCGGUCGUUUCUCAUUUUAAAAACACGAGAAAAAAGUUUUUUUUCUGGAUUUCGAUAAUGUGUUAGUUACGCACUUUUUCGUUUGAGGUGUGAAGUGUACGGAAACUGUGUUCACAGUGGGUUCUCUUUUAAUUUUUUUUUGUGUAUAUGGAACGUCUGUCCGGUAGUUUAGAAAGAUUUUCGUGUUUACGUUAAACGAGUGGUUUUUCGUGUUGGAAUUUACGCUUUUUUCCGUUACCGAUAUAUAUAUAUUUUUCUUCUAUCUGAACUAUUUACGGUAAAUCUUCGUAUUGUUCGCGUUGUGAGAAUGUGAUUAAUUUGAAGCUGAUACGAUGGCGAGGAAUGAUAACUCAAGAAAAAGCGAUCAAUAAAAUGUUCCCGUCCUGACCUUAGACGAAGGCCUUAAGAGCAACUGAUAUCCAUGACAUAGCCUGUUCACGCAUGUGGUAAUUGAAGGAAUGGAGGCUUCAUCAUCAGAUUACAGCGAUGAAGAGGUGGGUGUGCUGGCGAGGGGCCAAAGGCUCUGGGUGAGGGGUGUACGAUCCCAUACCACUUGUGCGGACAUUGUUAGAGCCCUGCAAGACGCACCCGAAGCUGGUGGAGGCCUGAGCGACCCCGGUGAGUGGGUGCUGGCGGAAAGAUGGAGAGGAGUGGAGAGACCACUGCCACCAGACGUGCCAGUUCUGCAUGUGCUGGCGGCCUGGGGUGACGCCAGGCAUGAGGUGCGGCUAUCUCUCCGUCGCGUUUCCAGUGGUGGCGAAGAUGACUCAGGGCGAGAUAGUGAUGGGGGUAGUAGGAUGGGCAGGAGACGGCGCCGGCGAGGGGUGCGGGCUGCCACACCCCCUCCCCGAGCUAAGAGCGAAGAUCCAGCAGCUAGGCUGGUGUCCGUUAUUCAGCAUCAAAGCAAAACUAUACACCAACAGCUCGAUAAGUUAAGGGAACAAGAGAAACUAAUUGACCAACUAGAAGACCAAACUCACAAAAGUAGAAUGGAGAAACACGGUACCAACUACCUGCUCGAAUCUUAUCUUCGAGAUCUCGGCAGAUGUAGCGAAGUAAACGACAGCCAAGCUGGAAACAGUGACAGUGGAGUAGGAGUUGGCAGUGGAACACCACCCAGAAGGCACACAAAGCACAAAUCCAGAAGAGAAAGACUCCUGAUGAGAGAACAUUACUUUACAAAAGAAUUAACAGAUAUAUGCCAGGUCAACUCCGAGAGGUUGAUGCAGACAUCCAACGAUACUGAUUCCGAUGCGUCAUUAGAUGAACUCACACGGAUAAGAGAAGAAAUAGAGUUAUUGGAGAAAUUAGCCAUUAUAAACAAAAGAUUGCAUCGCGAAGAAGAAUUAGUAGUACGUUUGACGGCAAAAGUAAAACGAUAUAUGGACGAGAACAAAGCUAACAGUUGUGAGAACGCAACGCAAGUGUCAAUGUUGAUUGAUAAGAUAGAGGAAGAGUUAGCGUUAAGUGCGAAGGAAAUGCAAGACAACACAACGGAAUUAGAAAUAGCGGAUAAAGAAAUUGAGAGUAGACUGAAAUUGCUUGAUGAACUAACACUAGAAUUAGAAGAAGAGGAGUUGCAGAAUACGGUUCUAGAGCGGCAGUUAAAUGAAGCAUGUAGCCGACAGCCUAUUCUUAUCCAAGAGAGUUACGUACCUGUAUUAGAUGAAGCCACUGUCAACCAAACGUAUAGUGGGGGUGGUUAUAUUUUAGACACACUUGUAUGACAUAGGAUAAAAACCCAAUUCGUUCCAAAGAUCUGUUAAAUUACCACUUUAGUUAGCGUCCCUUGGUGAAUAAUCGAGUGAUCUGAUCCCAAAAUGGCCCCAAACGUACAUAUUAUAGUUUAUAAACGUAUAUUGAUAUUUAGACAAUAUUUUUUGGUGCUAAGAAAACUUGUUUAUUCAAAUAUUGUUAUUGAUUGCGUGAAAACGCAUGUAUUGAUUUGAAUAAUCAGAACUUAGUUGUUUGUUAUAUUUAGGAUUUUAUGAUCUGCUUCUAUAAAUUCACAAUUUAUAUUUCUCCUCCUCUGAUUAUAAAAACUAACCAGGAUUUUAAAAUAGUCUCUUCUGUUAUUAUAUAUUAUUAAUUUACUUACUGUUGUUAUUGUGUGGUCAUUUCAAAUGAUGCAUUCCCUACAGUAGCGAUAGUUGACUGUUUACUAUUCAUCGACAAAAUCGGCAAAAUUUAUCGUGUUGCUGAAGA